UCAGCGCGCGCCCCUGACGGCUUUCCGAGGGGGAGGGUGGAGCCGUGCAGCUUUCUGGCACUGCUCAGUGGCACAGUGACCCGGUCGGACAUGAGCGGCCUCAGCCUUCUGUUGCGGGCGGCGCGCGCCGCGUUCCCCGCCGGGGCCAGGCAGCUACGUACGGGCGGUCUCCGCAGUGCCUAUGCCAAGGAGCUUUUCCUGGGGAAGCUGGAGAAGGAGGAAGUUUUCCCUUAUCCAGAGGUUUCUAAUGAAGAAUUAGAAGAAAUCAACCAGUUUGUAGGACCAGUAGAAAAAUUCUUCAGUGAAGAAGUGGACUCUAAAAAGAUUGACCAAGAUGCUAAAAUCCCACCAGAAACUCUAAAGGGAUUGAAGAACCUUGGACUCUUUGGCAUGCAGAUUCCAGAGGAAUAUGGUGGACUUGGUCUUUCAAAUACAAUGUAUGCACGUUUAGGAGAAAUCAUUUCUCUAGAUGGCUCUGUUGCGGUUACUUUGGCAGCUCAUCAAGCAAUAGGGCUUAAGGGAAUCCUGAUUUUUGGCACUGAUGAGCAGAAAGCAAAGUAUCUACCUAAAUUGGCAUCUGGGGAGCAUAUUGCAGCUUUUUGCCUUACAGAACCAGGAAGUGGAAGUGAUGCAGCAUCCAUCCAGACCAGAGCUACCAUGAGUGAAGAUGGGAAAAGCUUUUUACUAAAUGGCUCAAAGAUCUGGAUAUCCAAUGGUGGCCUGGCAGACAUUUUCACUGUGUUUGCAAGGACUGAGAUUGUUGAUAAAGAUGGUGCAAAAAAAGACAAAAUUACUGCCUUCGUUGUAGAAAGAGCCUUUGGUGGAGUCACUAAUGGGAAGCCAGAAGAUAAACUGGGUAUUCGAGGAUCUAAUACCUGUGAAGUACACUUUGAAAACACAAAAGUACCCGUAGAGAAUGUAAUUGGAGAAGUAGGAGGGGGAUUUAAGGUGGCUAUGAAUAUCCUAAAUAGUGGAAGAUUUAGCAUGGGUAGUGCAUCUGCAGGAAUGAUUAAGAAACUGAUAGAAAUGACAGCAGAGUAUGCUUGUACAAGAAAACAGUUCAAUAAGAAACUGAGUGAUUUUGGAUUAAUUCAGGAGAAGUUUACCAUUAUGGCUGUGAAAGCAUAUGUAAUGGAGAGCAUGGCUUAUCUCACUGCAGGAAUGAUGGACAGGCCAGGAGUGCCAGAUUGUUCAAUUGAGGCAGCUAUGGUUAAGGUAUUUAGUUCUGAAGGUGCUUGGAUUUGUGUAAGUGAAGCUUUACAAGUUCUUGGAGGCCUUGGCUAUAUGAAAGAAUACCCUUAUGAACGUUAUCUCCGGGACAGCAGGAUCCUUUUGAUUUUUGAGGGAACAAAUGAAAUUCUGCGAAUGUAUAUUGCUUUGACGGGUAUGCAGUAUGCAGGCAAAAUCUUAACUGGAAAAAUUAAGGAAAUGAAGAAAGGAAAUGUCAACGUGGCAUUGGAGAUAUUUGUGAACAAAUUCCGUGACAGCAUGGGCAGAAAAGUGGAUUUAGGACUAGUUGGCAAAGAUGGAGUGGCACAUCCCAGCCUUGAGGAAAGCGGCAAGAAACUUGAAGAAAACAUCUAUUAUUUUGGAACUACAGUGGAAGGCUUGCUAAGGAGGUUUGGCAAAACUAUAGUGGAUGAGCAGCUGGUUCUGAAGAGAGUGGCAGAUAUCUCCAUUAAUAUGUAUGCAAUGACAGCAGCUAUAUCCAGGGCUAGUCGAUCCAUCAGUAUUGGUCUACGCAAUCAUGAUCAUGAAGUGCUGCUUACAAAUAUUUUCUGCACAGAGGCAUAUUUUAAAAAUAAUUAUGCCAUGACGGAGUUAGAAAAAUAUUCUGCUGAAAACCUGGAUGACAGUAUUAAAAAAGUUGCACAGCAGGUGCUGGAAAAGAGAGCCUAUAUCUGUUCUCAUCCACUAGAGAGAACAGUCUAAUCACAUUUAACAGGUAGCCCAUUAACCUGUGGGUAAAUGAAGAAAAUUUAGUUUUUGUACAAAUAUUUUUUAUCAGCUGCCAAAUGUAAUUGUAAUCUUGUAAAAUAAAACUUCUUCUCCCACCACUGUGGGAGAGAGACUAAAAGAGAAACAAGUGAUGCUCAUUCAGCUAUGGGUAUUUACAUGAAAUGUCCAAUAAAGAAAACUUUUUACAACCUCAA